CAAACAUAAUUGACAAUUUUUUUUAUUCUCAGAGAAAUCAUGGGCACCAGAGUGUUUGUUGGUGGUCUUACGUAUCGUGUGAGGGAGAGAGAUAUUGAAAAGUUUUUCCGUAAAUAUGGCAGAAUAAAGGAAGUUGCAAUGAAAAAUGGAUUUGCUUUUGUGGAAUUUGAUGACUAUAGAGAUGCAGAUGAUGCUGUUUAUGAGUUAAAUGGUAAAGAGUUGUUAGGUGAAAGGGUUUCUGUUGAACGUGCUCGAGGUACUCCACGUGGGGCUGAUCAGUGGCGCGGUAGUGGAAGAGGAUAUGGCCCUCCACGUGGUCGCAAUCGUGACAAUCGUGAUUCAGAUGUCAGACACAAUGAUAGGUAUGGACCACCAACACGUACAGAGUACCGGCUGAUUGUAGAAAACCUGUCUACCCGUGUAAGCUGGCAGGAUCUUAAAGACUACAUGCGGCAAGCGGGAGAAGUCACUUACGCCGAUGCUCACAAGCAACAUCGUAAUGAGGGUGUUGUUGAAUUUGCUUCCUACUCGGAUAUGAAAAGUGCCAUCGAGAAACUAGAUGAUACCGAACUAAAUGGUCGUCGUAUAAGGCUCAUAGAAGACAAACGUCGUGGGGGUGGUCGUCGUUCUAGAUCUUCCAGUAGCCGCAGCCGUUCCCGUUCCAGAUCACGUCGUCGUUCAAGAAGCAGGGACUCAAGGUCUCGCAGUCAAAGUCGAUCUCGAAGUCGUUCACGAAGAUCUAGUAGAUCAAAAUCUAAUGCUCGUUCCAAGUCCAAGUCUCCAGCUAGAUCAAAAUCCAGAACUCCAGCAAAGUAAGCAAACAAAACCGUAUGUUGCUAGUUAAACCAAGCUUUCUUAUCGCAUAUUCAUUUUUCGUGAUUUUGAGGUACUUUUUGGUUU